UCGAUAUCUUUUGGAAGUCUCCAUGUCGUUUUAUUCAUUACCGGAUAAUUGUUGUUUAUUCAGCCUAUUUAUUGUUUUGUUUUUAAUGAAAACUGUUUAUAAGAGGUCACUUGAGUGAGUGGAUAUACAGAAAACAAUGAAGAGCAAAAUCUUGACUAUGAAGAUGGAGGUGACAGGGGAUUUUAUGUUUGGAGAUAUAGUUUUUGCUAAGAUGAAGGGCUAUCCUUUCUGGCCUGCCAGAGUUGGUGAAGGAAAAGCCCCCAAAAAGAAGAUUCCAAUCUUCUUUUAUGGAACACACACAACAACGUUUCUUUUUCCCAAAGACAUCGUCCCUUACUGGCCCAACAAAGAAAAAUAUGGGCGGCCGAUCAAACGCGGUGGGUUCGAGGAGGGCAUGUGGGAGAUUGAGAAUGACCCAGGUGUUUGCCUCAGAGGUCAGAAGAAAGCGGCUCUAGCGAAACGACUGUUGGAUUAUCCACCCAAUUCAAAAGCCAAGAUGAAGAAAGUAGAAAAUAAAAGUGACGAAAAGGUCCAGACUGUGUCUGCUAAAGAUUCAGCGUCAGAGAAUGAAUCCAAGUCAGUGACCCCAAACAAGAGUGAAAACCCUGUGAAAAACAACAAGAGCACAGAUUCAAAAACACCAACAGGUCACAAAACAUCUCACUUGAGAGUUUGGGCAAAAACCUGUCCUCCUGCAAGCACUCCGCGGGAACUUAAGUGCAUCACAUCAGAACGGAGGACAUUAUCGUCCAAAAGAAUCAUGUUAGCAAGACAAGCUGUUGCGGGAACAGCGCUUUCUGCCCGCAGGAAAGACAUGCUAAAAAUAGUAUCAUUGGUGAAGAAACGCAGAGAUGCUGAUAAUCAAAAUAAGUCCUCAAGGGUCACCCGCUCCAGAUCAGAUGUGGAGGACACCAAACCCGACACUGCUGACAGAUCUGUGAAAGCAUCCAGUCUGAAACGCAAACGGCCGGAAACUGAAAGUUAUGAGAAGAGAGAGACUCGUGUGUCUAGUCCCUCGAGCCCAGUGGGUGAACUCCAGUCUCUCAUUCAGACUGAUCUGAUGACAUCAGAAAGCCAAGAUUGUAAACGAGAUGAGGCAGAAGACACGCAUGCUCCUGAAGAAUCCGAGAAUAAUGAGGUGAAGAUAAAAGAGCCAGAGAAGAAACCCGAAGAAGUGAAGAGUGAAAUUCGGAGCAUCUUUGAAAAGCAGGAGUUCAGAGAACAGAAGCCACACAAAGAUGAAGAGAAGAGUAAGAUCCCGGCGGAGAAGAGGCAAAGCGUGUUGAGAUCUCUGCAGGGUUUGGUCACAUCCACCCGAGGAAAGACACAAACAUCUACAAUAAAAGCCACACAACAUGAGGAUGUGCAGAAACUAGCUGAGAGGAGCCGUGGAGUGCGAAAUGAAAACCACGGGCCGCUGACACCAGCAGAGGAGCACAGAGAAGACACGGAGCAGAACACGCCAUCAGAAGACAAGAGAACAGAACCGCAGAAUAUUACCAGCAGAGAGGACAACAGUAAAGCACCGUCUCUGUCUGUCACCGAUUCUUUACUGUACCGGCUGCAUGGCGACAUCAGAAUCUCAAUGACGCUGGAUAAUCCCGAUGUCAGUGGAUGUUUAUUGGCUCUGGAGGAACUGAGUCAAGUUCCAGUUUCAUCUCGAAACAUGCAGAACCACAGCGAGCUCAUCGACACGCUCCGAAAGAUGCGCUGGUUCAGAGGCAGUGAGGCAAUCAUGUUUAAGGCCUCUAUGUUGUACCAUCGCUUUAAAAACAUCUACCUCAUUGGAGACACCGAGGACACUCUGAGUCAAGAGUACAUCCACUCGCUGCAGGAGGAGAGGGAGAGAGCGGAGUGUCAGGAUGACGUUAUCAGUGACAUGGGUAUCAGCGAGGAGGCAACAAACAACGAACAAACAUCUCAGACCACUGUGCCUCACAGUGCGUCGGAUGAAGACAGAAGCUGAUGUGAAGAUACAGAAUGACUCCUGUUUUUAAAUGUUGUGGAAUCAGUGUUGGAGAGAUCUGCAGUUAUUUAUUUACCCCGUGAUGAACCGUUUUAGCCCACACUCUCGGUCCAGUGAGAUCCUUUUUGUAUUUCUCGCCAUCAGUGUUGAAAAAGCUGAUCUGGGCUCUUUUAAAGUCUGAAAGCUUCUUGCUGCUGGUCUCCGAUGAGAUUUGAUUUGCGCAUUUCCGGCGAGGUCACAUUGAGCAGAUCAAGAGAGCAUCUGUGAAUCUCCUGACACGGCGAGUGUUUAAUGUUCCUCACAUUUGUGUUUUUUCUGUCCGUCCAUAUCAUCUCACCUAGGCAGACACCAAUCCUGAUGACGACUGGACAGAAUAAAGACAAAUUAUCAUUUUAAAAUGUCACUACUGUAUUUUCCAACCCCUAAUUUACAAAGUGUUCGUUCACGUUGCAGUAUAUAACAGUUUAUAAAGCUUCCACAGUGUUUUAUUUGAUCAUCGAUGGCUGUUUUCUACACUCAUUGUGACUGUCGAUGUGACACUACAACAGAAGACGAGAGACAGCUGCUGUCCCACUUAUGAAAGACACUUCAGUCAAAGUUUUGUGUUCUGUUCUGUUCGUCAGAUUUGAACUCGACUUCACUGAGAAGCAUUCAGAUGUUGAGUUGUUAUGUUGAGUUGUUCAUCAUCAUGUGAUGUCUGAAUUGAAACCGGUGCUAACAAGACACAUCCUGUCCGUCACACAAGCAUUAAAAAUGUCUUUAUUAUGAUCAUGGUCGUCAUAUUAAACCGCAUAUUUCAUGGAAAUUGA